AUCUGGUAGGGCUGGCUGGCUGGCUGCAUGGCAUAACUCAUCUAAUCAGCUGUCAUCCCAAAUCCUCACUUUCCGUGAAAUCGUAGUCAGAAUCAUCCCGCAUUGCAUGGUGUCUUUGUCAUAUUUUGUUUUGUUUUGUUUUUGUUUUUUGUGUAUCUACACCUCAGUCCCUUCAUCACAUGUAAAGCAGCGCGGGUGGAAAGAACAGCGCAAAUGAGCGAAACCAACCCCGCGAACGAAGGGAGCCUGAAGGGCAAAUCACACACCGGUCUUCGGGUUGUUUGUGUCGCAGACCUUUCGCGAUUCACGAAAAGAGGAGAAGCAGAAGUGCCUACGGAGUUGCAUUCUUGCGUUAUUGCAGCACAACUGUGCAACACUCACAGUACAGUGUCGGAAGCAGGGCAAAAGGAAUGGGAGAGCGGGGCGGAUGCAUUGCUGAUCUGGUCGAGAAUAUCGGAUCUUCAUUGCUUUCCUUUCCUUUUUCCCCCCCUCCUAUUCUCUUUUUUUGCUUUUCUCGUGUUCUUGGGCGGAGGGAAUUAUACCGAGAUGAAUGGGGGGGCUGUCAGUGUCGAUGGAGGGGUUACGAGUAGGCGUCGCGGGUGUCGACGAGAGUUUCUCCGUGAGGCGUGUGGGCGGGCGUCCGUACAGUACGUGCGUGUUGUGCACAGGCAAGACGGGGGGGAAGGGAGAGACAUUCCGGUAGAACCCCACGCACUAUUGGGCCGGGGAGGAGCACCACAUUGGACUGCGCGGGUCGGAUUUUCCACGAGAAAUUCUAGACAUUUGUUCAUUCUGGUCUAGACGGAAUGAUGUGCGACAAGGAGCGAGAUAGUCAUCCAAUACGCCAGAAAUUGCUAAAAUACCAAAUUGCCAAAAGGAAUCAUGUGAAGGAAUCAUGACAUUAUGAUUAGGAAGAAAAGAAGUUCUGUUCUUCCAUCAUCACUACUGACUGACACAGUCUUUCGUAAUGCAAGGCAAGCACAUGUCUCUGGACCCUUAUUAUUCGAUGAUGGUUAUGUAUUUGUAUUAACUGCGUGUGGUGGGAGAAUCUACCAUCUAGAGCCGGCCCUACGGACGCGCCGCUUUUUGACAGGU